AUGUUAGCGGCUGUAUUUUCAUGGUUUCUUUACAGCGGUAAGAAAGACUGGCAACACGUGGCUUCUACAGAUUAUGACAUUACUACGAUUUAUAGAACGACAAAUGAGUUUAAAGAAACAUAUAAGAAUGUCGGAUUCAAGGACCCGGAUUUUUAUAAGAAUUAUUCAAAAAAUAGCUACUCAAUUGAAAUACAUUCAAGAACAAAUGCCAUUGGACUACCAAUUUUUGAAGAAGUAGAGUCUUCACAUAAGAUACAUCCACGUCAGUCAAUUUCACAAAUUAAUAAGUUAGUGUUCUUAAAAUAUGACUUAUCUGAGAAUAAUAGUCAAAUUAAAUUUAAACAUUUUCCUAAAAAUUGGAAAAUCAACACUACUUCAUUAACUGGUAAGAUAUUAAAAAUAUAUUUCAUAUUUUUAACUUAUCAUUGUACAAGUGUUUUCGAGUAUAGAUAUGAAAUGCAAAAUAUACAUUAUAUACAUGAUUUUACGACAAUAUUUUCGGUACUUUGGACAGCAGAUGAAGUUCGUUCAGGUUUAUCAAUCACAUAUAUACAUACAGUAUCGUCUAAAAUGGAUAUUUACUUGGAUUUAACAUUUAAAAAUAAUUCGAUCAUACGUAUUACCAAAUUAUUAAAAUUUGAUGAUAUAAGAACAAUAACAUUUAAUAAUAUUAGUUUCAUUAAAAAUCAAGAAUAUAUGGUAUCGUUGCAAAUGAAAAUGAAUAAUGAUUAUUAUCAAAAAGGACGGUAUGAUUAUGUGUAUAAUGGAUUUUGGUUUGGACUAAUACGGAUAGCUGAAUCUUCAAAUUAUGAUGAAGAAGACGUUCGAAUUGUUCAUGGUUUUGAAGGUGAACCAAAGUCAUUUGACAUACUUGGAAACAAUAAAAAGUUUAAUAGAACCGAGAGUAUGUAUCAGAAAUCAGAAUGUUUAAACGGUGGAUACAAAUUACCUACAAUGAAUAAUUGUACUUGCCCUCCUGGAUUUAUAGGGAAUCUAUGUGAAACAGCAUGUGGACCAAAUUCAUACGGACUCGAUUGUAAAGGCGUUUGUUCUAUGCAUGACCAUGAAAUGUGUCGUGGUAUGUACAUGUGUACGAAAUUCGGAUGUACUUGUCCACCAGGUUUAACUGGUCCGUUGUGUAAUAUAGACUGUGCAACAGGUAAAUUUGGUGUUGAUUGCAGUCAAUUUUGUUCGCCGAAUUGUUACGACAGGGUGUGUGAUCAAUACACAGGCGUCUGUACAAAUGGAUGUUCACCAGAAUACAUCCCACCAUAUUGCUUACAAAAAUAUCCAUAUCUCUUAAAUCCACCUGCACUAAUAUCAAGCAAGUAUGAAUCAUUAGAAAUAUUAUGUGAUUUUCAAUCUUCUAAUGUAAUGAAUGAAGAUAAAAAUAUAAAGUUGAAAUAUUAUCAAAUAGUUUAUAAGGCAUUAGGAGAAGAGAAAUUUACCAAUUCUGAAAUCAAACCCAUUAUUGAAAAUAGCAAUGGAACCAACGAAAUCUUAAAUGAUUUAGAUGUAGACACUGUAUACUUAGUCGGUGUUCUGUUAAUAACAGAUGAUGGUAAUUUUAAUGAUCAAGAUAUAGUAUACGGCCAAUUCAAGACAUCGUGCAUACCACCAAAAAUUGAUGAUUUUAAUGUAACACUCGUAAGUGGAAUAAAAAGCAUCAACAUAACAUGGAACAAAAUUAGUACUUCUGUUAACCCAUUAAAGUGCAAUAUUUUUGAAUAUUUAUUGAUGUUAUCGCACAAUCAGUCACAGAACCAAAUAUCUGGUGUACAGAAAAUAGUAUCAAAUUCAACUAGUGGUCACAAUAUCAACAAUCUUAUACCAGGUUAUCAAUAUGACAUACAAAUAAUUUUAAAUACAACUGAAGGACUAUUUUCAUCGCCUAUUUAUUCGGUUGCUCCACUUACAGGAAAUGAAUUCAAAGUUAAAGAAAUUACUACAAUCGGCGAGGAUGGAAAGAUCAAAGUAUUUUGGAAAUUAGGAUAUAUACAUGAGCGUUAUAAUGUCAUGGUAAAACCAUUAGUAAAUGAACCAAUCACGUACAUUUUAAGAUACAAAAUCAAACGAAUUCUCAGUUGUACUUCGCAUGAUUUAGAAAGCCAUUGGAUGUCGAUUACAAUUUCUAAUCAAACUAACUACGAAAUAUUAGACGUGGUUCCUAAUUCGCAAUAUUAUAUACAAGUCUAUAUCGCUGAAGAUAGUUUCGAUCAAAGAAAACAAACUAAGUACAUAUUGACGCCGACAUCAAAACCAAACAUAGCCCCGGAUCUUGAUCUUGAGAACCCAAUGUACAUAACUUAUAAUUCUGUAUUCGUUCGAUGGAAAUUCGAUUUUAUUAACUGUUCUAAACUGAAUGGGUUAUUUUCAACAUAUUUUGUGGAAUUAAAGGAGAAGAGUAAUAACUAUUUACAAGUAAAAGAAACGAAACAAAAUAAUAUUUUGUUUGAUAAUCUCAAAUCAAAUACGCAGUAUGAAUUGAAAGUGUUUAUAAAAACACACAAUGGAUAUAAUCCUGAACAUUUUUUAUUUAUCAAUUUCACAACAUUUGGAGUUUUAGGACCAGUGGAUGAUUUAAUGGUAUACAAAAAAAAUUUGAAAAACAAAGUAAUUGGACUUCGUUGGCACUAUCCAGAUAAUUCAAAGUUAGAUGGAUUUAUUGUUUCAUUUAAUGGUUCAUUUAAUACCUCUUUUAUCACACACGAAAAAAAUGUUACUAUUGUUCCACCAAUUAAGUGUUCGGCAUGGUCAGAAUAUUUCUGUUAUACAUUUUAUGUUUUUAGUGCCAGUAAUAAUUAUACGUUUAUAAUUCAGCCCAAGACACCAGAAUACCCAGAAGGUGGUUUAUCUUCGUCAAUUACUUUUACAAACAUUGAUGGGUCACCCGAUCCUCCAAGUAAUGUGAGAGUUAUCGGAAUUGGAAAAACAUUCAUUAAUCUUCAGUGGGAUAUUCCAUGGACAUUCAACGGUACAUUGGAAAUGUUUAUAAUUAAUAUAGAAGAAAUAGCAAGCCUUGAUAAGACGUGUUGUGUUUACUUAGCGCCGAUAGAAGUCCCAUUCGACGAAGAAGUGCCUUCUUAUAACUAUACGCUAAAGGAGCUACAACCAGGCUCAACAUAUUCAAUUAAUGUGAUAUCUGUAACAAUAUCACCGCAUUAUAGUUCUCCAGCAAGAAUUUAUGAAGUUACAACACUUUUAGAUGCUUAA